CGGCUCAGGCGCCAGCUCCGGCAGCUCAAUCCCAGGCGGCAGCUCCGGCUCAGGGCGUCAAGCGGCCGGCGGAGCCCAAGAAAGUGCCUGCGACGCAAGCGGAGCGAAGGGCUCCGAAUGACCGAGAGAAGAAGCCGCUCUGGCGCCAGUGCCUCGAUCGCUCCGGCGGCAUCGGUAAGGGCCAGGUGCGAGGCUUCGUGCAGUUGAUGCGCUCAGACCUGGACCUGGCCACCAAGAACGGGUUCAUGGAGGCCUUGAGGCUGACGAUCAGCCCCAAGCGCUUACUGCGCUUCGUGAAGCACGGGGGCGUCACCAGGGUGGUGCUGUGGUUGGAGCGCGCCUUGGGGGAGUCCUCCAGCCCGGAGCUGGAGACGUUCUUGGAGAACUCCCUGAAGUCCCUCCGCAUGCUGAACCUCCGCGCCAUGGACCAGUCCUCCGCUCAGAGCCUGGUGGAGCUGAUUCAGCGUCUCCGCCAGCGGCUCCAGGUCGGGCGCAAGGGGGCGGACAGCGCGGCCAAAGCGGCGGUUCCCGCCGCGCCGAGGACCCCGCCCCAGGCGGCGCCACGGACGCCGCCGAAAAGGAACACAGGCCCACCGCCCCGCAACCGGGCGCCGGUGAUCCGCGUGGAUCGAGCGGAGCGCGAGCCGCGCGCAACAGGCGAGCUGAAGCCGCCCGCUUCGCCCGUUUCCGCGGCGGCGGUGCCCUUUGCGCCACCGCUGGGGGCGCAGCCCAAGACGCCGCCGCUGAGGUGGACGGAGCCGAAGGAUGCGAAGCCGCUGCUCUUCGGGGAGAAGUCGCCCAAGGCCUUGCUCUUCCAGGCUCCGGCGUUCAAGGCUGCACCGGGCGAAAAAGCUGAAGUUCAGAAGGUGCUUUUCCAGGCUCCGGCAUCGAAAGCACCACCCGAGGGACGGGCUGAAGUUCAGAAGGUGAGCUCUGUGAUCGCGCUGGAUGAAGCGGUGCCCAGAGCGCGGCCCAGCUGCCUGGUGCGACCCUCGGCCCGGCCCGAAGCGCCGGCGGCCCCGGCCUCGCCCAAGAGCCGACCCAGCAAUGCGCCGCACUUGGUCCUGCUUGCCCAGCCCUCCACGCCGGAGCUGGACGCAAACCCCGUCUCGCCGGAAACGGAGCCGAAGGUUCAGGAGAAGCCGAGCCCGGAGCUGCCACAACAGCCGCCCGUGCCGAAGCUCGUGACGUCAGCUUCACCGAAAGCAAAGCCUCCGGCGAAGGAUGGCGACGCCAAGGUGCCGGCAGCCUUCCGGGGGAAGGAGAAGGCUCGUGUGCCUGCGGCCUUCCGGGCGAAGGAAAAGGCCCGACUCUGGGCGGAGGAGUCUUUGCGCGUGGCCACGCCCAAGGCCGCCACGAGCGCGGCGGCGUCCGUCGACGCGGCGUUUGUCGACGCGGACGCCGGCGCCGAGCUCCCCGUGAAGUUCGAGCGCAAGCGCCCGGCGCCGCGCGUGGUGCCGCCGCCGCGCCGGAAAUGGGCGCGGCUGGCGCCGGAGGCGACGGAGGAGCCCAUCAGCCACCCAGAGACGGAAGAUGCGCUGCAGGAGGAAUGGUGGCACCAGCAACAACAGCAGGUGGCGGCGGAGUUUUUGUUCGCCGCAGUGCCGGAGGAGGAGAUGGACUUGGCAGCACCAGUGGAGCCGCAGGAGUGGUCCUUCCAGGAAGACCUGGGCUUAGACAAGAGCGAUGAGGAGAUGGUAAAGCAGGAUCACGAGGAGGCCGAAAACGAGGAGAUGGCUGAGGCUCCCGAAGAGUCGGUGGGGGAGACCUUGGAGGCCUUGGAGGCCUUGGACGCCUUGGACGCCUUGGAGGCCCAGGUCUCCUUCGAGGCGCUGCGCGUGGCGCGCCUGGAGCGCCAGCUGGAGACGGGCCACGCGGCCGGUGACGCCGGUGACGCCGGUGAGGCCGGUGACGCGGACGCGGAGGAUACGGAGGAGGACACCGAGGCGGAGGAGGUGGGAGUCGCCCACGAGGUGGGCAAGACUUUGGGCGUGCCGCCGGAGUCGCUCCUGGCUGCCCCCGCCACACCGCCGCGCACGACGAGCGCCGCGGCGAACCGCGCGGCGCCGCGCACGCCGCCGCUCACGGCCCCGGACCCGCAGUCGCCGCCGCCGCGCGCGCCCUUCGCGCGAGCGCCUUUGGUGCCGCAAAGCCCCGAGAUGGUGAUACCCACGGGCGGAGGGGAGGAGGGGCCAAAGACCACGAAUCCGGAGUGGACCGCCGCGGCGGAGUCUGCGCAGUUCGCCACGAGCCUGGAAGAGUUGGUGCGAAGUGCCCCCCUGAACAUCCCCGUGGAGGUCAAGAGUGAGGACGCGCUCACCAGCGCGCUGGUGCGUGCGGUGCUGGAAGCGUGCCCGGAGCUGCACGGCGCGGUGCCGGAGAACCCGGUGGAGCCGCAGAUCUGCUCGGCGGCCAGCACCAUGUUCGCCCACGCCAUGGGCUCCUACACCGACAGUCUCCUCAUGACCUCCGCAGCCACCUCCAUCGCCGAGACCUUCCUGGCCUCCUCGCUGGGCGAAAGCGCCGGAGAAAAGCGGCGCCGCGAACCGAAGGACUGCUGGAGCAAUGUCUUCACCCACAGCUACUGCUGCGUGGAGUCUCCUUGCUUCCUUUGGGGCCGGUCUUUGACUGAGCCCCAAGUUGCAAAGGCGAAGCAGCACUGGGCCCACAGCGGCGUGGCCUGCCGCUACCUCUGCCAGGCAGAGCCGUCCUGCAGAGUCUGGGUCUUCCACAUCCCCGCUUCCGAUGAUCUGGAGCUUGCUGGGCCCUGCCUCCUCUCCGAGGAGGAGUUGCCAGAGAUAUCGGCGGAGUCGGAGGAGGCCAAAGAGUUGCCGGCGGCGGUGGCGGGCGGACGGUUCUGCGCGCCGGCGGCGCUGUCCUGGGCGGCGGAGGUGCGGAGGGAGACGCUGGAGACGAAGGCCUCGGAGGCGGCGGCGGACGCGGCGGCGCAGCUGCGGAGGGAGGGCUGGGCGGUGCUGCGGGGCGCCCUGCCGCCGCUGCAGCGGCAGCUGCUGCGGCGGGCCGCCGAGGCCGCCUCGGCUUCCUUGCUGGCGAAAGACCCCCAGCACCUGGGCAACCGGGGCCCACGGAGGUACUCCUGGGGCGGGGCCUCCAGCUCCCACCACAUGGUGCACCACGCGGCCUGGGCCCAGCUCCUGAGCCAACCCUGGCUGUUGCCAGUCCUCCAGGAGGCGUUCGGCGCAGAGUUCAUGGCCGUGGGCGGGGGCGGGGACUUUGUGCUGGGCGACACGGACUCACACCAGCGCUUACAUGUGGAUCUGCAGCUGGAGGAGAUGUAUGUUCAGGACUCCCCGGCGGCCAUCGUGGCGAACUUCGUGGUCUCGGAGAUCGGCUGCCGCGAUGGGCCGCUGAGGCUGGUGCCGUACACCCAGCGGAUGCCUAUGGCAGGACUGGCGAAGGACUGGGGCUAUGCCACCCACCUGCAAAAGGAGGACUUUCUGGUGGCGCAGCAGAACUUGUCCUUUGUCCACCUUUGUCCCCUAAGCCCGGGGGACGUCAUCUUGCGGGACAUGCGGCUCUGGCACGGGGGCUCUCCAAAUCUGGGCCGCGAGCCGAGAUUUCUGCCCUCCGCCGAGUUCCUGUCGAUGUGGUACGCGGAUGCGGCAAGGCGCGCGCGGACGGACCACUUCACCCCGCGCCCGGUGCUGCCGCUGGCGCUGUGGCUCCGCAUGCCGCCCGCGGCGCGGCAGAUCUGCCGCCGGAUCUUGGCGGCGCCGGCGGCGGUGAACGCCUCGCUGCGGGAGGAGGUGGUGCUGAUGUUGCCCUACGUCGCGGAGGAACGCCCAUGAUGUCCAAGGAGCUGUCAAGGUGCGCCACUCCACGCCCAACGCUCUGGGCCUGAUUUACUGCGGAGACUAUCUGACCAUCGCUGAGUUUUCGCAUCUUCUGCUCUCCGCCUUCGUGGGCAAAUAGGCCAGAUCCGCGUUCAAGGCACGCCUCUGACUCGGCGCCUUUCACCGCGAUGUCGCCGUCGAUUUCGCCGUCCACGCGCGCGAUGAAGCGGGGGGCGGGUUUCAGGUAUGCAGGAGAAGGAGGUAUGAGGGCGGAUGUCCGAGACGUGCAGCUACAAGCAGCUUUCUUGGAGCACUGGACAUAGCUAUCCCCUGCCCAGACGUGGCCUUGCCGCCUUUGGGGUUCUUUGAAGUUCUCCUCACCAACUACUCUCCCUUCCAUGUUCCCAUGGCACCUGACAGAGGGUGCCUUGAACAAAAGUAACCUUCCGGGCAUCCCCC